AUGGUUGAUUCAGAACGUGUAGUUUAUUCAAGAGUAGUCGGUUUCAUUUCUUUAGCUUGUUGGAUUUGUGUUUCAAUUCCCCAACUUUAUGAAAACUAUAAACGAAAAUCUGGCAGUUCAGUAUCAUUAGGUUUAAUAUAUAUAUGGUUCGUGGGAGAAUUGCUUGAUUUGAGUGGCGCUAUUUUACAAAACUUGCUACUAACGGUG